AUGAGAUUAGGCAAAGUCAAGGUGAAAAAUACAUCUGCUUUUGGCGAUGAUUCCGAUGAGACCGAUCAGAAGCCGAAGGCGUAUGUAAGGAAAGAAAGGUCUACUUCUGAGUCCGAGGAGUUCCAAUAUGACGAAGUCUACGAAACGCUAAAAAAACCUGUCCAGCAGGCUCCGAAAGAGUCUAGAAAACCUAAAUACAUAAACAAACUGCUCGAGAGCAAAAGGCUGCGAGAACUUGAACGCUUAGAACAACAGCAAGAGAGAAUUGAACUCCAGAAAGAGGUAAUGAAGAAAGACAUGGGAGCCACAGAGGUCUUCGUUUCUAAUUCAUACAAGAAGCAUAGGCAAGAGGUUGCCGAUAAACUGGGUAAGCCACUCAACUUGAAUUCAGUUACUGAGCAUUCGAGUGACACUAAUGUGCCUGAAACGCCGGAGCUGACAAUACCGGCUUCAGCGAACAGCACCUUUUCGCGGUCUCUUCAGAAGGCCAUACAAGAACUCAUCACCUCGAAAUUAACUUCUGACGACAUUGAGCAGUAUCGCAAACGAUAUUUAGAGAGAAAACGUAAGUUACAAAACGCAGUCGCUUCCUAA